AUGUCUAGUCUCGAGCCCUCCGGCCCCGCGCAGCCCCCAAAAUCGGAAGCUUACACUGAAGCUGCCAACCCCGCGACACAGAAUCCAGCCGAGAAGGCUGCUGCCAGUCACGGACACGGACCCUACUCGACAGAGGUUCGAGGUGCCGACUCUCAGCGAAGCAAUGAAGAUGCUGUACCGCAAUCCCUGGGCAGGGGCACCCACGGGAGUGGGCCAACGGACGCAAGAGAGGCGCGCGAGACAUACCACAAAAGUGAAGAGGGUCAACAGUCUGUCCCUGAAAACGAGAACGUAGAUGCAGAGCAGGUGGCGACAUAUGGGGAGGGCGAGGUUGCAGAUGCAGUGCAGCGCAAGAGUGGGACGCAGCGGGCUGCAGGGGAGAAUCCUGGACUGGACGACUAUGCUUCAGAUCUUGACAGAAAGAAGCGUGAACAGGCCUCAGCUCGAGAAUCUAUUCAGGAGGCGCGGAAAGCAGGCAUCGACGUUGAUGGAGGUCAAAACAAGAGAUCGGGAGUGGAGGUUGACUAG